CACGAAACGGUACUAUCUAGCCUGUGCUAUUCUACAGUUCUAAGAUGUUACUUGCUGUAUAUAUCUCAAUAUCGGCCGCCCUUGUUGUAUCAGCAACAGGAUCAACACUGCCUCGACACAAACAGGAAGUACAAUCGCUUUGGUUUUCCCCGAAUGAUGUCAAGAUUGAAGGCAAUAGAGAUGCAGGAGACGAUGCCUGUGGGGAAUUUGGUGGAAUAUGCCGACCACUUUGCCAUGAAAAGAUUGAACGUGAAGGACGAAUUAACAACUGUACUGGCGAUUACGUAUGCUGCAAAAAAUAUCGUAACACUAGAGUACAAGACAUUCGUAGUGCAGUCUGGGGCGAUCCCCAAUACCAGACUUUUGAUGGAAAACAUUUCAAGUUUGAUGGACAUGGUGGAUGCUCUUAUGUAUUAUUUCAAGAGUGUAAUCAUAUGCCUGCAUUUGUUGUUGCCGUUAGACAUCACUAUGUAGAAUUACUAAAUAAAACCGCUGUUACUGAAGUAACAGUUUAUGCAGAAGGGAAUGCUGUUACAACUACAAUCGGCAGGGAUGUGUUUGUCAACAGCAAACAAAUAUUGACACCUUCCCCUUGGACAAUUGGUAGCUUGAAGAUAAGCAAUUAUGAUGAACAUGUGAAGAUAACCAUGAAUUCCAAAUUCAGUUUAUUAUGGAAUGGCAGAGGACGCGUAGCUCCAGUUGUUAAUGCAUCCAUGUUUGGUAAAGUGUGUGGAUUGAUGGGAAAUGCUGAUGACAAUCCCGACAAUGAUAUGCAAAUAAGAAUGCCAGACGGGACACUGAAAUCCACUGAUAAUGUCAAUAAAUUUGGUGAAAGCUGGAUCAUUCCUAGCAGGUAA